GGAGGAGGAGGCGGCCGGCGAGGCUCGGAGACUCGGGAAUGGAGCGGCGGAGAGCGCGUACAUGAGCGACGAGGCCGGCCAGCUCGCCAGUCGAACGGGGAAGCCGGCGAGGCAAAAGGCGGACGAGGAGCCGCUGCCGCUGCUUCGCUCCGGCUCCGCUCAGCCCGCCGUGGCCGCUGCCGCCGGGGGAAGCUCGCGAGGGGCUCCGGGCAGCCGAGGAGGCAAAGAGGAAGGAGGAAGCGGACGCGGCGGCUCAUCGCUGGGCGAGCGCGCCGACCACCGUGGGCGACCCGAGGGCUCGAGCGCGCAACUUCGGCUCGCAUCUCCCGCCAACUCCGAGGAAUGAAAGCUUUCCAGGCGGAUUUGGCUCUGCUCUGCUUCUUUCUGCUCAGCCAAGAACUUGGUCUCCCAAGAAGAGGAUGUUAUUUGGUCUUUGGAUUUAUGUACAAAGAGAAAUAUCGGCGAAUGACUGAAGGUUCAGCAUCUUCUUUUACACAGCAACCUCAGGACCAAGUAGUAAUUGCUGGACAGCCCGUGACCCUCCUGUGUGCUAUUCCCGAAUAUAACGGAAUUGUGCUAUGGAUUAAAGAUGGACUUGCUCUUGGAGUAGGAAGGGAUCUCUCCAGUUAUCCACGUUAUUUGGUUGUGGGAGAUCACCUCUCAGGGGAGCAUCAUCUGAAGAUCCUGAGAGCAGAUCUCCAAGAUGAUGCGGUAUACGAGUGCCAGGCCAUUCAAGCAGCCAUUCGUUCCAGACCAGCCCGGCUGACUGUUCUUGUACCUCCGGAUGAUCCAAUCAUUAUUGGAGGACCGAUCAUCAGUCUGCGAGCUGGUGACCCCCUGAAUCUUACCUGUCAUGCUGACAAUGCCAAACCAGCAGCAUCUAUCAUCUGGAUGAGGAGGGGAGAAGUCAUCAAUGGAGCAACCUAUUCCAAGGUAAGCAGAUCUGACACCUGGAAGGGAGCAAGCAAAGAUAGUUUGGGUUUACAGAGUUUGCCACCAGGAGCUUUUGAAUGAAGUAUAGGUAGUCCUCCACUUACGACCACAAUUUUUGUUGCUAAGCAAGGCAGUUUUGCUAAGUGGCUCAGGCCUGGUUUUACAACCUUUUUUAUCACUAUUGUUUGUCACAAAUGGCAUGACCUCAGGAUUCAGCCAUUGUAAAUACAUGCCAGUUGUCAGUGGCCAAGCACCCAAAUUUGAUCACGUGAUUGUGGGGAUGUGUAACCCUUGUAAGUGGUAAGGAUCAGUGGUAAGUCA